AUGUUUGACCCAAACGACGCAGGUGUUGAAGAUGCCCAAAUAGAAGCAAAAAGUUCGACAAACUUGUUGGGAGACUUGCCGCACGAGCUGAUUACGGGAAUCUUGAGCGCAGCGGACGACGCUACCACCAUCAGCCGCCUGGCUCGCACAUGUCGCGGCCUAGCACGCAUCGCCAACUGCGCUCUCUACCGUACUUCAUUCGGAGGUACAGAUCCAAUGAAGUGGGCCGUGGAGCGCGACCGUUCGGAUACUCUGACGCAGAUAUUGGCGCUUCGGUCAACACCGAAAUGGGCCAUCACGCCUCAGGACCGGGGUGCACAUCUCGUAGAAGCGUUGAGAGCUGGCAGCUUCAGAACGGCCGACGCCCUCCUUAAUGCAGGUGCAGAGAUCAUCUACAGCGCUAGCUCAAGGCCAGAAUUACGCAGCGAAGAAGUUUCAAUACGGGCCAACGAAUCUCACGGGCACCUUGGAUCCCUCGCCCUCGCCGCUCGCAGCCGCUAUCACCUCACCUUUUGGUACAAACCCACCCAGCCGUAUGCGUCCGAAGCCGAGUAUUGGAGAUGGAAGAAACGGACGAUGAUGAAAAUCCUGGCGCGAAUGAGGGUUGAUGUUUCACGGAGGCAUAUGGAAUAUCCUAUACUCUCCUUCGAUGGAUACCGCAGAGAGCUCGACAUCGCGCUCAUCGAAGCUGCAAACGCAGACGCCCACUCGAUCGAGAUGAUGGACUUUCUCCUUGCCACAGGAGCAAACAUGAAUGCCGAGAUGAACGAUCAGUACGUCGGCCAGGUCUGGCGGAACGCUUUGGACGAGGAAGUUCCUAGCUUGUUCCGCGCCAAGGUCGAAUUUCUCAUGGAGCGCGGUAUCAAUACGAACAGAGUGUGGUCUUGGCAGAGGCCUCUCACGCCGGCAGAGUUCUUCCUGAAGAAGCUGCAUUGGAGCUGUUUGUUUUCGACAGACACAUCCUUCAUCGGCCGGGGUCUUUGGAUGAUGGAGUUUUUGGAGGGUUGUGGCUGCCUGGAGUGGCCACUUGCUACUUUUGAAGCUUUCAACACAUGCGAGAUAGCGCCGCAAGCGAGUGAGUCGGUUGGACGGGAAAUGGGCGCAGGACGCGAGCUGGAGUUGAUAUUGAAUGAUACGGAAGAAUCUUCGAAGCCACUGCAGACGGCAUUGGAGCAGCAUCUCAGCCGAAAGUUGCUUGAAAGGCGCUUGGUGACACCGAGGACGGAAGGUGAGGGUCCCAGAAUCAUUGAUGGCCAUGCUAGCAAGCCGGAUUUUGUUGACAAGGAGGGUCUUCCGGAAGCAAUAUUGCGGCUGGCAGACUUACGCGAGGAAUGGCUAGCUGAAGGCUGCUCAGAGAUGUGA